AAAUAUGAAUGGUAGAUCAAUGGAAAGGUUAAUUAAUUUAUUACCAUUGACGUAAUGGUAAUUAUGUAAAGAGAGAUGAAAAUCCAAUAACAGUGCUUCCAUAAUUAGGAAAAGUCAUGCUUGAAAGUUGAAACCCAUGACUACUGGCAUGAUUAACCCCUCUUUUCACGUGCCUUGUCGCCCACUAGGUAAUUAUAAAAUCCUCUCUCCAAAAAUUUCACAUCUUAAUACACUCCAUUUUAUAUUUAUUAUGUCUAUAGAGUGUAGACAAGAAAUCCGACGUUAACAAAAAGGUGGCCUUUAUUCCCUGCUUUUGCUAUUUAAUUACUCUCUGAGAUAUGAUUACGUCUCUCCCACUCUCGUUAGCAAGAUUAAUUACUUCAUGCCUCACUCCAGAAAAGCUCAAGAGUCAACCGAUACAACAGUUCUUUUGAAGAAACUCUUUUCCUAGAAAUUCCAGGGAGCAAAAGAUGAACAAGUUUCCCAUAUACCCAAAAUAUGAAGCUGGGGACUAUUGUGGCUACCAGUUUGAUCCUCAGACAGACUUUACAGAUUUCUUGUCAGAAGCGAGAAAGCAUGUAUCUGAAGGGAAAUUCGGUGCUACGCCUCCACGUUCUGUGGAACUGAGAAACAACAAUUUUGAAAAGAAUGUAAAAAAAACUUGCAAGAAGUCAUGGAAAAGCUCUCUGUUUUCAUGGCUGAAAACUGAUAAGAAGAAGAAUCAGGGGAGCAGAGAAACUUCAAAAGGCUCCAUCAUUAACAAGCCGAAACGUGGAUGUGUCUCUGGUCCAAUGCCGGCCAUCAGCGGGCAGGGUGCUAUAGCUGGAAGGCCCAGUAAGCCUUUGUCUGGGCCCCUAACAAAUCUGUUCAGUCCAAUGAACAGAGUGGACAAUGAAAUGCAGUAUCUCUGUCUUAAGAAGGUUAAGGAUAGUACUCCUGAAGUUCAAUCUUAUGGACCUGUUUAUCUGGUAACUUAGGAUUGCAAAAGGGUAGACUAAUUAAGCAGAGACUAAAGGUAUGUGUGAAUUUAUGUGUUUUAAUUUCUGAGAGGUGAAUGCAAACACUUAUCAUUUGCAAAAAAGAAUUUGCAUCUGUUGCAAAGGAACAGGUUCUUUUGUUCAUCGUCACAUGCUAGUCUUGGAAUAGGUUCUGAAAUCGCCCAUGAUCAUCAUGAUUAUGGAGUUUUGAAUAGCUUCAUUAUCAACAUCAAUAUUUUGUUUGACGAAUUUCAGGAAAAUCAGACACAGUCAUAAUGCUUCAUUUUUACUGCAGCUAUAUCAUCAACAACAUGUUUACUGCAUAAGUUUGUAGUACUCGUGGCUUAAAGUCGAUUAGAUGUUCCAAAUGAAAUUCCUACGC